AUGAAGGGAGGACUCCUUGAAGUUUAUGUUGUAAGUGCCCGUGGCAUUAGCCACUCCAACAUUAUUGGAAAUCCAUCGUACUAUGUGAUUGUUGAAUGUGGAUCCCAAUCCUACACAACAAAAAUUUCCUCAGGUAAUCAUAAGGAAAUUUUGUGGAAUGAAAAAUUUAAGUUUGAAUUGCCAACUAACAAAUUAGAGGAAUGUGAGUACCUUAAAUUAAAAAUUAUGGAUGAAGAAUUCUUCACAGCUGGUGGAUUUGCUGGUGAAACCAUAAUUAAUCUGAAAGGAAUAAUUAUGGAGGGGAAUGAAAAGAGAUUUAUUGAAGUGAUACCAGUUGCUUAUAAUGUGGUACUUGAAGAUGACACAUACAAAGGGCAAAUAAAAGUUGGACUCAGAUUCACUCCUAGCAAUAAAAUUGUACAAACAGUGGGGAAAAAAGAUGCUCCAAAGGAAAAUGAAAAUGGAAUUGGGCAAAUUAUAUAUAGCAAAAUCAUUAAUCUAUGGCCAAACACAUGGAGAAGCUUCUUUCCUUGUGAGAAUGCUAAUAAUAUUAUUGACAAAAAUAAGCCAAAUUAG